GUUGAUUGUUUAUUUUCAGGCUUAAGUAUUCUGCAAACUAGUCCCCACAUUACAGCAUCACCUACGUCACUAUGAUGAACUGGCUAUGGAUACCAGCUGUGACCCUGUUAGCUCUUUUUAUACUGGUGCUAUGUUGGCUCUUCUUUGCCGAUUAUACCUGCUGUCCCUGCAGGCGAAGGAGGAGGCUCGAGCCAGCUCUUUCAGAGGAGGGUCUGCACACUAUAACCCCAAGUGCACCUCUGCCAGGAACCCUUCCUCAGUAUCCGGUGCUUCCCACAGCUCCCCAGUACUUCCCUGUGCCACCUUCAGAAGGGAGCUACCUGCCCUUGAAACAUGGUGACUUACCAUUUCAACAGGUACUUAGGUUUGAAGAUGGUAUUCUAACAUUAGACCUACACACCAUGACUGUUAGAGAGGCCAUACAGACCACUGAGGCCUUUAUUCGUCAGUACUGGGGGCAGCAUGAGAAAGUCAGAAUCAUCACUGGCAGAGGAAUCCACAGUGAGAAUGGGGUGCCUAAGGUCAAGCCUGCAGUCAAGGAUCUCCUGUUAAACCAUGGUCUCCAGCAUACUGAGGUAUGCCAAGGAGGGUGCUUUGAAGUCUUUCUUUCUGGCUAGUAUCCCAUUAUGAAUAGUAUAAACAUCUAAAUGUUCCCAUAUGUCAUCAGUAGUAAAUAAUUCCUUGGCAAGUGGUAUAGAUAUCUGUAAUGUUGGGUUACCAGUUUUCCUAAAAGCAGUAUUUUGGAAUAUCCAAUAUUUUCAUAAUAGCUUACCAAGAGGAAUAGUCAUAUUUCAUCUGAAUUUUUAAAAAGAUAUUCAUUGGUAAAAUGAAUGCUAGAGUAUAUAUUUAAGGCUUCCAGGUACCUGUUUUUAUAAAAACACGGAAAGUGUAUUUCAUGUAUUUUUAUACAGUAUUUUUUCUUAAGAGUUGAAUAAUUUGUUACCAAUGAAUAUGCUUUACUAUGAUUAUGUAAAGUCACAGUUACUUGGAACUUGCAGGAGAGAAGCUAAUUUGUUUUCCUCUUUCAAGAAAGAAUUGUAUUAUUAACUUUAAGGCAUGUGAGUUUUGGAGAAGCUUUACAAACAGUUCAGUGACUUUUCUUUCCUAUUACAGCAUUUAAACUUGUUUUGAACAUAGAGCAAAUACUCAUCCUUAGGAAAUGAUAUAUAUGUUAAACCGAAGCUGUUUUGAUUAAAACCAAUACCUUUCUUUUAAUACCUGUGAAGGAAUGUGUUGCAUGGUGUUAUCUUUACCUAUUUCUUGCUUGUGUUGCAUUAUUUUUUUUUUGCAUUUGAAUAAUGUUUACAUUUAUGUUAAUAUUUUGUUGUAUUCUUGGAAACCUGUUUGGUAUUCACUUUUCAGUCUGCUUUUAUUUCUGUCUACAUUUCUGCUUCGUAUAUGCUGAUUGUUAUUAAGACUUUUAUAAUAGAUGAAUACAUAUAAACCCAAACAGGGCUUCCCCCGUGCAUGUAUAAAUAAUAUAGUCUUUCUAUUCAAGUUGAAAUGACAAGCUUUCAUAUAUAAUGUUCCUAGAUACUUUUUACUUUCAUGUACAAAAUUCCAUCUAGGUGCAUUUAAGAUAAGGAGGAACUGUAAGCGAGAAUGGGUUUCUAGCUCAUGACAUCCACACCAUAAAUAAUCUGUAACUAUUAUUUGGUACAUGUUAAGGUGUUAGGGUGAUUAUGAAGUCCUCAGAAUAAUCUCGUAUUCCUAUUAAUGCUGUUUAGUAAGUCAAAAGUGCUAACGUAAUAUAAAUCUAGUCAGGGGCUCACAUACCCUUGUUCUUGCUGAUAAAACAGUGUGUCAGAGAAAGUUGAAGAUAUAUGUAAAUUUUUUUAUACAUAUUUAUGGUUAUCAUUGUUGGUAAUGGUAAAGAACUGUAAAUUGGGUAUCAUGGUCUUCUUGUUUUGUUUUUGUUUAAUGUUGAUAUUCAUAUUAGUGCUGUGUCAAUGUUGUUAUAACUUUGUUCUUUUCAACAUAAUUUGCCAUUAUUGUAAGAAGUAAUAUUUUGUAUUGCUAUCCAACUUUACAUUUUUCCUUAUCCAUAAAUAGUAAGGAGUUUACAAGUUCACAUUUUCUUAGUUAUUUGGUAUAUUCUUUGAGUGUAUGUUAAUCAUUUGACCCAAAUUUAUGUACUGCCCACUGUAGUUUUCUAAUGACUUUUAUUGCACAUAGAUGACUCCACGAGUGCAUAGUCAAGGAGUCAAGUAAUAGGCCCAAGUGACUAUACCUCAUUUCCUGUUCCUUGAAUUUGUAGGAAUAUUAUUAUCUUCCUAAUGCAGUUGAUAUUGACACUUAUUAUUAGUAUUAUUGACAUUAUGAUUAAUUUAAUGUUGUUGAAAUACUAAUAAUAAUAACAUUAAUAAGACCAUAAAAAAGAACUAUCCCAAAAAUGAAGAAAAAGGGUUAAACAGGUGAGGUAGGUAGUACUAGUAAGUGACUUCCUGGUGACUUAGUCUAAAAUAACAGUGGGUAUGGCAUGUAUUUUGUAGAGUGAGUUGGUUAAGGCUUGAACUAGAACCUCCUACAGUUGCUCAUUACCCCAGUGUUUUACCUUGGUUUAUUUGCCUUGUGCCACUUCCUUUUUUUUUCUUUUUCUUUUUCUUUCUUUACCUCUUUCAUGUUCAGUCUCUCUGUUUCAUGGUUUCAUACUCAUCACUGUUGUCUAUUCCAUGUUCUCGCUCUGUCAUAUUUUUCUGUUUUAUAAUCCUCUCUUCUGUCUGUAUAUGUAAUAUGUCUUUUUGUAUAUCAAAUUGCCUCUCUUUCUUUCUUUUAUUCUAUAUUUCUUUGUCUCUUUCUCUUUUAUUCUUUCUUUAUCUAUUGGAUCAUUCCUCAGUAUUUAAUUCUUUCUCCUUCUUUUAUCCUUCCUCUUCUCUCUCUUCUUUUUCUCCUUUUUUCACCUUUCCUCUUCUCCCUCUUCAUUUUCUCCUUUCAUCUUUCCUCUUUUCCCUCUUCUCUUUUUCUUUUCAUUUUUCCUCUUCUCUCUCUUCUUUUUCUCCUUUCUCUCCUCACUCUCAAUAUCAAAUCAUACAUAGUUCUUUGUUUUGUUUUCAUUUUGAUUUUCCAGCAUGCAAUGUCUCUCCCAUUCUUAUGUGAUGUAGAAGCUUGGGUAUCUUUUUAGAUUUUAACCCAUUGCCGCUGGGGAAAAUGAAUAAAAAAUGGGGAAAAUGCUGUACUCAUUUUUUAUAUUUUUGUGAAAUAUCUCUGUACAUAGAUGGCUCUGCUAGUCCUGAUUUCACCUUUCCUUGAAUUGGCGGGAAAAAACGUAUUUUUACUAGUGCUAUAAAUAUAAAUGGUGUUAUUUUUAACAGCAAAUGAGGAUAACGUUAAAUAUUUUCGUAAAUCGUUGAAAAGGGUGAACGGGCGAGACAGGCAGUACUCUUAAUUGGCUCAUUGGUGACUUAGUACAAGUGUGGCCAUCUAUGUGUAAAAACAAUUAAACAAGUCGACUCACAGUGGGCAUGGCAUGUAUGUACAUGCCAUCCCCGGUGGCAAUGGGUUAACAUACAUGUGCUUUGAGUUUACUAGUCUCUCACCAGUAAUGGCAUAAAGAAGUAAUGGUUAAACUUUAUUUUGAUUUGAUAAUGAUUUGGUAGUUGAUAAUUUCCAUUUAGGAUUAUUUUAGUGAACUAAAAUACUGUGUUUUGUUUUCAUGAAAAUCACUUAAUUUUGUAUUAUCUUUUCUGUUUAGUGCAGUGAGAGAGGAACACCAAACUGUGCAGAUGAUAAGGCUUAAAGGUUCCAAAAAGCAAUAAGUAGGCCAUACAAGUUCCUCAAUCAGAAUAUUUGGUGCAGCUCCCCAGAAAUGAAUUACAUUUAAGAGAAAUUAUAUUGUUAAACUAGGAAUACUAAUUUUAUUAGAUCUGAAAAGUACAAUCUCAGAUGAAGUGGUGUCUUGAAAUGCAUUUGUCUUAACUGUGCCAUAGCAAAAAGGCUGAAUCUUAAGACUAUGUAGUCAUAGUUUUUAAGUACUGUUUUGUAAGAUAAGAGUGCAUUUUAUUACAGCAAUGUCUUAUAAAUGUCAAUGGAUUUCUUUCCAAUUUGAUGAAUAUUUGUGGUUGAUAGUAGUGAAUGUAAGAAAGUUGGUAUAUAUUUAAAGAAAUUACCUUAUGAUUUGAUUGAUGAUAUUGUAGAUAUAUUUUGUCACUUUGCCAAUUAAUGUUCUUUUUUCCAGUUGGUAUUAGGUCCAUUGUAUAUUUAUAGUUAGUAGGUAAACAUUAUAAGAUUUUGCUACAAAUAUCAGAUUUAUAUAAACUAUGUUAUCCACAUAUUUUGUCAUAUUUGUAUAAAUAUACAGUCCCAACUCUGUCGUUUCAUUACCAAUGAACAAGUGUCAGUUAUUGGGUAUGUAUUAGGGAUACUGUGGAAGAAUAAUAGUACCUGUUCAUUAGCCGACUAUAUUUUAAUUAUGAAAUUCAGCCGCUAAACAGAUUGAUAUUUUUGUAUCCUAAGCAAAUGAAUAGUGAUAUAGAAGUUGGUAUUCCAUGAUACAGACAUUGUGAAAUAUGUUUAAAAAAUGGAGGAAGAUGGUUUUAAACCCAAUCCCCAUGGAUUUAUGUACUGUCCCCUGUAUUUUUUUUUGUGAAUUUUGUUUCAUACAGAUGGCUCUGCGUGUGCUCAACCUAUACAGUCUAUCAGUAGGCCUUUGUAACCACUCCUGAUUUCCAUAUUCUUUGAAAUUGGGGGAAAACGUACUUUUCUUUCUAAUACUGUCGAUUUUUUAAUUUUAUUUUUAAUUUUUUUUUUAUAGUUAUUUUUAUUUAAUUGUUAUUAGACUCUGGGUAACAUUAAAAAAUGAAAUAAUACAAAAGAAACUUUCCAAAAAUCAAGGAAAAGGGUAAACAGGUGAGAUUGGUAGGCCUAUUAACUGACUCCUUGGUGACUAAGCACUUGUAGUCAUCAGUAUUAGUACAAUAAACAAACUUAUAUUACAGCAGACAUGGCAUGUAUUCUUGAUAUCCAUGCUGAUUGGAUUAAGUAGUUGUGCAUAAUAUAUUUGCUGUAAUGUAUAAUGAAUUUUCAGCAUUACUUAUAUUGUAGUUUAAAUUAUAAUUAUUCAGUGAAAUUAGAGCAAGACUGAUAGGUAACAUGAUUUUAGAUAUGUAUUUUUUUUUUUUUUUUUUUAGUAAAGGUAUUGCAUUAUCUUAGUUGAAUACCAACUGAAGGAUAAUCAUCAAAUUUCAAUAUAAUUUGAUAUUGCUCAAGUAGCAUAAUAUAAUUUUCACACUGCAGAUUAUGUGAAAAGUGCUGAAGUUACUAUUAAAAUGUUUGUUGAGAAUUAAAAAGUACCUGUUUUAAUAA